AGUGAUGUAAAUGGUAAAUGAAUGCUCCUUCUUACAUUUGGUGAUGGUGUCCACAGGGGUCUUCCAUGGCCUUGUAAUUUUCCCUCCAAGCAUUGCCACAGUACUCAGUAUCACCUGUAGGUAAGUGUUGAACGUCAACGCAAAGUUCAAAACCCUUCUACAGACAGCCUGCCUGUUGAGCUACAUUGCACCAAAAGUUGGUUGCAAUUCACCUGGGGGACACUUGCUAGGUACGGAGCUAAAUGGCUUAAUUAAGUAUUUACACAAAAGCGCAAAUUUAAAUUCAGUUUUUGCAAAUAUAGUAUCGAUUACAUAUCAGAAUUGAAAGGAAAAAAUACUAAAGCUUGCUCUUUUUUCUUACAGGACAGAUGGUCUUGCUCAUAAAGUCUAGCCUUUUGCUAAUGUAUGCUGAUUGGUCAGUUAAAGAUUUACAACCAGCAACCUUAUGUUACAGUAGACUAACUUUAAUUAUCAUUCAAUGAACAUGACCACAGCAAUUGGUUAUUCUUGGUUUUGUUUGUCAUAGUCCUUAUGCAUUUUCCUAAUGAUGGCUACAGCAGACGUUAGCAGGUUAAAACAAAGCACAAACUUAGUGCUUGAUUGGUGUGUGAAACCAAAAUGGCGACUGCCGUCAACUGGUGCGUAUGCCGCAAAUACUGAAAUAAUAAUACAGAAGGGUGUUUUGUCACAAAAAAGAAGAGAAUUUCAUGGAACUAUAUUGUCUCUGUCGCUUAUACUGAAAACAUAAUGCAAAUAUUUACCCAUAAAAGCCUCCGUUCAUUCUGGACUACGUCGCGAGCGCCCCCUACAAAACCGGAAGUCCCAGACUGGGAAUUCUUUUCCUGUAAGAAAUUCUCUGAUUUGGUCCCAGGUCCCAGGUGGACCUGUUUGUCCACCUCUCUUUGUGGACUUUUCUUGCUCUCUGCUGAUGUUUGGAGUUGCCAAAGGCUCAGUGGAGUUUUCACGUCCUGCUGCAGGUGAACAACUGAAAUGAGCAAACUGAUGAGCGCCACAAGAGGGCGUCCUCGGCCUGCUAACCAGGGACGUGGUGGAGCUCAAAGCAGCUCAGCUCGCUGUGUGCAGGUUCACAACAUGUUUACAUGCUGACAGAGUCUUUGUAUAUAUGGCUGCUUGUGACACCUGUGUUCAGAGUCCUCCUCUCUGACUCCUUACCUUUGACAGCCUGUCUGGGACUGCAUAAUGUCAAACAACACAGCUGAAACUGCUGCCUUCAUCAGAGACUGUUUGGCUUGUGAUUCUCACUGCCUGGAGGUUUGAUUUUAAUUUGACCUCCUUUAUUUCAGCUUCAACAAAGUGAGAAAGAGAUUACGCAGCAUUUUAAAUGGCUCAUGACGGUGCAGAUUGUUAGCUUCCUCAUGUCUUUCAGCUGUUUUCUAAACAGUAAAAUACUGAAGAUAAUUUGAGUAAGAGGCAGUGAAAACACUGAGCCAUCACCAAAGACUGAGGAGCUGAGACAUAUUUUACAGAUAAAAAUGCUUUCAAAUGUGGAGCAGGUUUUAGCUGAGGCUUCUUUCUAAAUGAGGACACACAAGUUCACAUUCACAGAGCUGCUCCUCUUCCUGGAAUGAAACAAAGCCCGAUGAGCUCUCCUUCUUCCUGCUCUCAAACACAGUCAGCUCCUCUCUGUCCACAUGUUUCCUGUUCCCUCCCCUUCAGAUCUACAGUUUGAAGAUGGGUGGAACCAACAUGGCGGUGAAGUGCAGGAGCCGACAGGCCUCAUUCACUGCAGAGGCACAUGUUGUUUAGAUCAGAGCUAAAAACUAGUUUCACUUUUGAAGGAGUGAAAGCCAGACAAUUGUCGUUGCUGAGAAGUGAAAUGGCGCAGAAAGGAGUUCAGCUUGACCGGGAAAAAUUUUGUUCGAUCUGUCUGGAUCUACUGAAGGAUCCGGUGACGAUUCCCUGUGGACACAACUACUGCAUGAACUGUAUUAAAACCCACUGGGAUGAAGAGGAUGAGAGGAGAAUCCACAGCUGCCCUCAGUGUAAGCAGACCUUCACACCGAGGCCUGUCCUGAUGAAAAACACCAUGUUAGCAGUUUUAGUGGAGCAGCUGAAGAAGACUGGACUCCAAGCUGCUUCUGCUGAUUCCUGCUGUGCUGGACCUGAAGAUGUGGCCUGUGAUGUCUGCACUGGGAGAAAACUGAAAGCCCUCAAGUCCUGUCUGGUCUGUCUGGUCUCUUACUGUGAGAAACACCUUCAGUCUCACUAUGAUGUGGCUCAGUUUAAGAAACACAAGCUGGUGGAGCCCACUGAGAAGCUCCAGGAGAACAUCUCCUGCAAUAUUUCACUACCAGAGACUGAAGUGGAUGUUUUACCGUCAGGAACAGAGCCCAAGACCAGAGCUGACUUUUUAAAAUAUUCAUGUGAAAUCACACUGGAUCCAAACACAGCAAACAUACAGCUGUUUUUAUCUGAGGGGAACAGAAAAGCAACAGUAAUGGAGGAACAUCAGUCUCAUCCUGAUCACCCAGACAGAUUCACCGACUGGUCUCAGGUCCUGAGCAGAGAGAGUCUGACUGGACGUUGUUACUGGGAGGUGGAGUGGAGAGGGAGAGGAGUUUAUAUAGCAGUCACAUACAAGAAAAUUAACAAAGCAGGGAGCUGGAAUGAAUAUGGAUUUGGAUGUGAUCACAGAUCUUGGGCGUUAGAUUGUUCCAGUCAUGGUUACAAGUUUUGGCACAACAAGGUCCAAACUCCUGUCUCAGGUCCUCAGUCCUCCAGAGUAGGAGUGUACCUGGAUCACAGAGCAGGUAUUCUGUCCUUCUACAGCAUCUCUGAAACCAUGACUCUCCUCCACAGAGUCCAGACCACAUUCACUCAGCCUCUCUAUGCUGGAUUUCGGUUUUACUGGUCUGAUGGAAUCACUGCUGAGUUUUGUAAACUGAAAUAGACAGAAUUCAUUUACUGAUUUAACCCACAGGUUAAAUUCUGUGAGCUGGUUGUUGUGGCGUUUCUUCACUAUGCUAAGAUCAAUAUUUGUACUACAAGGUGUUAUCAAAAUGUAAUUAUCAUGAUAAUCAGUUAGGCUUUAUUAUUUUGUUUUAUGUAGCUGAGAUUCUGUUCAAAUAAACCAAUUGUGUGGAUGAAGUUAAUCUGUACAGGAAAUCACUUAACAAACUUUACGGAUGGAAAUGUGAACAAACUGAAGGUUUCAUUAUGAAUAAAAAGACAUAAACAAAA